UUGCAGAUGGAAAAUCCCGAUAUUGCAGACUUUGCAGUAGAAUGAAAAAAAAAAAAAAAAAUUCAGAAGAAAACAAAAACUUGGAAAUCGCUACUGCAAACCUUGAUCUUUCAGUAUCCUCUGUAGUCUCAAAGAAGUUGAAAGAACUUCACUUGAACUUGAAGUCUUGAUCUCCGGCACCGGCAGGCGGCAGCCGCGGCAGUAGCUUAUUUCCCAGAGACAAUACAAUGGCCAGCGAUGAGAUUCUGCCAAUUUCCGCACAGCAACCCAGUGAGGGUAAUCAGCUCCACGAGAUCGUGGAUCUAAUUUCUGCAACCCAUAUUGUUCCUGCUGACGAAAAAAUUGAUGUCGACUCUCUUUUCAUUGUCGUUAAAAACAUUCUCAGGCGUUCCACCCAGAUUGUCGACAAUGUUUUACAGGGCAAUGAACCCCUGGAAAACCUGGAAGAAAAGGUGUCUAGAGCCAGCUUCGAUCCACUAUUAUGCACACUCAAGCAACUUUCCUCUGAGAUGGCAUGCGAGGCUCUAGGUGAAGAAAUUGUACACAAAACAACGAUGUCAAUACUUAACAAACUCUCAAGCUAUUCAUGGGAUGCUAAAGCUAUCCUGACACUUGCUGCUUUUGCUUUGGAUUACGAGGAGUACUUUUUGGCUCUUGUCGAGCUUCAUUCAUCGAACCAACUCGUUGAAUCAGUGGAGAUCCCUAAACAUGAACCGGCCACCUUAAAGCUCUCGGACCUUCAAAAACACAAGAAAACGAUUGAUGAAUUUACCAAAAUGAUCAAUGACAUGUUGGCCAUUAUGGAGAUCAUCUUUGAGGUGAAGAAUCUAUUUAAUAAUGAUAUAGAGGAGGGACGUGCAGCAUCAAUAUUGCAUGCCCCGGAGCUUGUCUAUUGGAUUAUCAUUACUGUUGUAGCUUGCACAACUCAAAUGUGUUGUCUCAAAAGUGACAAGGACAAGACACAGGAACUACUUCCCUUUGCAAAAAAUAUCAGUGGCACCUGCGAGAAGCUAAUGGUGACAAUAGAAUUAAGCGGUUUAGAAAAAGCGGGUUACAGAUUUAAUCGGCAACAAAAGAGGUGGGCACCCCAAGAACAAAGCCCAAAUGAGAAACUGAAGCGAAUGAGAAUGCGUAACCAUAUGAUGGUCAUAGAGCCACGUGGACCCUACGCGAUCGAAGAGUACACUUUCUUUUGUGGAGGCAAGGACAACAAAUGGAUCGAACAAUUCUCCAAGAAAGUAAACGUUGUGGCUGAGGAUCCGAUCACAAAGGAAGCAUAUAUUUUCAUAGAGUUGUCUUGUGUUGGAGAAAGCCGCAAACAACUACAGUUUUGGAAAUACACUGAAACUCGGAAGAAGACUGAAAUAUUCGACUUCGGGAACCAAGAAAUCCAAAAGUUGUUACUUUCCUUCAAGAAUGAGAGUAGAUGGGCUGUGUUGACCAAAGGGUCUACAAGGGUUGUCAGUGAUCAUGGGAUGACAAUUAUGAAGGUCUUGGAGGCUUUUGAAGAGUGGAAGGUGAAUGUGCGUGAGAGAGGCUUCGAAAUUUGCUUCAAAGAGUACUAUAACAAGUUUCUUCAAAGUGGUCUCCUGCCAUCGACAUCCUAACCAACAAUGGCAAAGUCAGAAGUUCAUCUUUGAAUGGACCGAAUAAGAAUGUAAUUACAGGAUAAACUUUUUUUUUUCCUCUCUAUAUACUAUAGUUUAGAUAUAAAUUUCCUCUAAACUGAGUUGAAAUAAUUUUUUUCAAACAUAGUCUAAUAAUUGACAUGUCCUCUUACAUGUGAGAGACAUGUUUUUUUUAAAUGCUUAACAGAGU